GGGGAGCGGCGCCGGGGAAGGAGCGCUCCGCGGUCAUGUGACGUCCCCCUCCCCGAACUGCGGCGGCGGCGAGCGCCGGCCGCGUCUGAGCAGAGCUGCAGCGGCGGCCGCGGGCACCAGAGUGCCGAGCCCAGGACGCCCCCGGCCCAGGCCCGUGGGGUGGACAAGUCCUUCACUUCUCGCCGGAGUGUGUGGAGGAGUGAUGGGCAGAACCAGCACUUCCCUCAGGCACUAGACCUGUCACGAGUGAACUUAGUUCCCUCCUAUACUCCUUCACUCUACCCUAAGAACACAGAUCUAUUUGAGAUGAUUGAGAAGAUGCAGGGAAGCAGGAUGGAUGAACAACGCUGCUCCUUCCCGCCACCCCUCAAAACAGAGGAGGACUACAUUCCGUACCCGAGCGUGCACGAGGUCUUGGGGCGAGAAGGACCCUUCCCCCUCAUCCUGCUGCCCCAGUUUGGGGGCUACUGGAUUGAGGGCACCAACCACGAAAUCACCAGCAUCCCCGAGACAGAGCCACUGCAGUCGCCCACGACCAAGGUGAAGCUCGAGUGCAACCCCACAGCCCGCAUCUACCGGAAGCACUUUCUCGGCAAGGAGCAUUUCAAUUACUACUCACUGGACACUGCCCUCGGCCACCUUGUCUUCUCACUCAAGUACGAUGUCAUCGGGGACCAAGAGCACCUGCGGCUGCUGCUCAGGACCAAGUGCCGGACAUACCAUGAUGUCAUCCCCAUCUCCUGCCUCACCGAGUUCCCUAAUGUCGUCCAGAUGGCAAAGUUGGUGUGUGAAGACGUCAACGUGGAUCGGUUCUAUCCUGUGCUCUACCCCAAGGCUUCCCGGCUCAUCGUCACCUUUGACGAGCAUGUCAUCAGCAAUAACUUCAAGUUUGGCGUCAUUUAUCAGAAGCUUGGGCAGACCUCCGAGGAAGAACUCUUCAGCACCAAUGAGGAAAGUCCCGCCUUUGUGGAGUUCCUUGAAUUUCUUGGCCAGAAGGUCAAACUGCAGGACUUUAAGGGGUUCCGAGGAGGCCUGGAUGUGACCCACGGGCAGACGGGGACCGAAUCUGUGUACUGCAACUUCCGCAACAAGGAGAUCAUGUUUCACGUGUCCACCAAGCUGCCAUAUACAGAAGGGGACGCCCAGCAGUUGCAGCGGAAGCGGCACAUCGGGAACGACAUCGUGGCUGUGGUCUUCCAGGAUGAGAACACUCCUUUCGUGCCCGACAUGAUCGCGUCCAACUUCCUGCAUGCCUAUGUAGUGGUGCAGGCUGAGGGCGGGGGCCCUGAUGGCCCCCUCUACAAGGUCUCUGUCACUGCAAGAGAUGAUGUGCCCUUCUUUGGACCCCCCCUCCCGGACCCCGCUGUGUUCAGGAAGGGGCCUGAGUUCCAGGAAUUUUUGCUGACAAAGCUGAUCAAUGCUGAAUAUGCCUGCUACAAGGCAGAGAAGUUUGCCAAACUGGAGGAGCGGACGCGGGCCGCCCUCCUGGAGACGCUCUAUGAGGAACUACACAUCCACAGCCAGUCCAUGAUGGGCUUGGGCGGCGACGAGGACAAGAUGGAGAAUGGCAGUGGGGGCGGCGGCUUCUUUGAGUCUUUCAAGCGGGUCAUCCGGAGCCGCAGCCAGUCCAUGGAUGCCAUGGGGCUGAGCAACAAGAAGCCCAACACCGUGUCCACCAGCCACAGCGGGAGCUUCGCGCCCAACAACCCCGACCUGGCCAAGGCGGCUGGAAUAUCAUUGCUUAUUCCUGGGAAAAGUGCGAGUAGAUUCGGACGCCGGGGCAGUGCCAUAGGCAUAGGAACCGUGGAAGAGGUUGUCGUCCGCGGGGCCGCCGGCUCUGGAGGCUGCCUGCACGCGCUGUUCUCUGCUCGCUCUCAGGACGGAGGCCAUAUUGGGGACGUUGCCCCUCUGCCCCCGGGACAGGCCCCAGGGCGUGCGGGAUGGAGUGGCGGCAGCUCCGAUGGCACUCAGCACCUGCUUUGGGGCCUGUCACUGAUUGUCCCUGGGAAGAGCCCCACGAGGAAGAAGUCGGGCCCAUUCGGCUCCCGCCGCAGCAGCGCCAUUGGCAUCGAGAACAUACAGGAGGUGCAGGAGAAGAGGGAGAGCCCUCCGGCUGGUCAGAAGACCCCAGACAGCGGGCACGUCUCACAGGAGCCCAAGUCGGAGAACUCAUCCACUCAGAGCUCCCCAGAGAUGCCCACGACCAAGAACAGAGCGGAGACCGCGGCGCAGAGAGCAGAGGCGCUCAAGGACUUCUCCCGCUCCUCGUCCAGUGCCAGCAGCUUCGCCAGCGUGGUGGAGGAGACGGAGGGUGUGGACGGAGAGGACACAGGCCUGGAGAGCGUGUCAUCCUCAGGAACACCCCACAAGCGGGACUCCUUCAUCUAUAGCACGUGGCUGGAGGACAGUGUCAGCACCACUAGUGGGGGCAGCUCCCCAGGCCCCUCUCGAUCACCCCACCCAGACGCCGGCAAGUUGGGGGACCCUGCAUGUCCCGAGAUCAAGAUCCAGCUGGAAGCAUCUGAGCAGCACAUGCCCCAGCUGAUGAGGCCACAGAAGCACAAGGGGAAGGUGCCGUGUCAAGCCCAGGCAGACGAGACCUCUGCCCUGAAGACCAACACCAGCCCGUGGGCUGCCCCCUGCCUCCCCACCCUCCCCAUGGCCCACCCAUCUGGGCUGUCUCUGCAGGGCAGAGCCGUCCAGACCUGGGAUCAGGGAAGCUGCUGGCAUCGUCCUCACCCCCAGCCUGGGGGUCUGGGCUGGGGCAGGGAUUGCUCAGUGGAAGCAGGACUGGGGGUCUGGCUUGCCCCUUCCCUGGGCCUCCAUCACCCCUGAGCAUCCCUCUGGACUCAGACGGAACAAGGUGGGAGAGAGAGUUUGAGACAGCUCUGUGUGGAGAGCUUAGCCUCUGGAGGCAGCACAAGGAGGAUGUGAUAUGUGGGGGAGUGAGCACUGGGUUGGGAGCCGGGUCCUGGUUUCCAAUUUGGGUUCUGCUGUGUGACUCUGAGCAAGUCACUCUCCCUCUCUGGGCAUGUCUGCUACAAAUGGACAAGAUUAUUUCAGAGGUCACUGAAGACUGUGAUUACAUGCACCUGCCCUAGAAGGUGGGAUUUUCUUCCCAGGGACCUCCCAUCAUCCUACCCUGCUUCUUGAGGUCCCUGGAGCCCCAGGUGGACUGAGGGGCAGGGAGCUGGCUGUGCCCAGUAUGCCUCCUGGACCCUCCAGUUCUGCCACAGGUCUGCCGAUGCCCUGUCCACUGCCUACACAUGACAGACAAGUAACCCCCUCAUGGGGGAUGGGGACCUACCUGGCUCCUCAGCCAGCACCCAGCUUAACCCCUGCCAUCCCAUGCUGGGCCCUCCAGGCCAAGAGUCUCAGCUGGCCGAGAGUCCAGGCCUUGCCUCCCCCGACCGCCAUGGAGGGGGCAGCCCGGCACAGCUGCUGGGAGCCCUUGUGUGUCUGGUCACACUUUUUAGGCGCCACGCCAAAGGCCAGCCUCCUGGCCCCAAUACCCAUUUUGGAAGCCCCUGUGGCCGUGUGGAUGUCGGUAACAGUUGUAUAAAAUAAAUUCUAUUUAUCGCUAUUGUA